AUGAAGCCCCUCCCCUCCCCAGCCCCCCCAGGCAGCAAGAGACCCCCCCCCAGCAGCACCCGAACGUGGGGGGCUGCCAGGCAGCCCCCCAACAUCCUCCACCUGCACCGCCAGGAGCGAGAAGCCUUCUUCACCCUGCUGGAUGACAACGUGGUGCAGGAGUUCCUGUCGAUGGAUGUCUGCUGCAGGAUUUCCGAUAAGUACCUGCUGGCAAUGGCGCUGACGUACUUCAAGCGAGCCGGCCUGUCCACCAGCGAGUACACCCGCAUCAACCUCUUCACUGCCCUGUACCUGGCGAACGACAUGGAGGAGGAUGAGGAGGAGCACAAGUACCAGAUCUUCCCCUGGGCGCUGGGCCGGCGCUGGCGGCGGCUCUUCCCCUGGUUUCUCCGGCGUCGCGACCGUCUCUGGGCUCGGAUGAAUUACCGGGCGGUUGUCAGUCGGCACUGCUGCGAGGAGGUGAUGGCAACGGAGCCCUUGCACUGGGCCUGGUCGCGGGAGCGUCCCCCCCACCACAGCGGGGCCACGCGUCCCUACGGCCGGGACCCCCAAAACCCGCCCGGCCCCCCCACCUGCCUGCGCUGCGCCUGCCCCCCUGCCUGCACCCUGCCUGCUGCUGCCCGCACCCACCACGAGGAGGAGGAGGAGGAGGAAGAAGAUCCCACUGCCUGGACGCAGGACGUCUUCAUCCUGCGGCGGCGCAGCGGGUUCCUGCUCCCUGAUUGUGCCAAAACCCAUUGA